CAGAAACGAAGGUUUUCUAACGUAUUUUGACUCUACUGCUUAUUUUUAAUAAUUUGAAGAAAUACCACGAUAAUACAAAAUCCACGGAAACACCAAGAGGUGACUUAUAUGAUAUGUCAUUUGGAACGGUCUAGGUCAUUUGCUCACCAUCGGCCGGUCAAAUUGUACUCUCAAAAAUGACGGUUACAUACUCGUCGGUUGUGGCGACUGCGAAAUAUUGGACUUUUAUAAGACUAUUAUUUAUGUGGAAAGGAAGUGUUUAUCGUCUGGUUUGGUUCGAAUUUUUGGUUUUCGUCGGUAUAUACUCCGUCUUAUCUGUUACAUACAGGUUUAUACUCAGUGAGACACUGAGGAGAUAUUUUGAACAAUUAUGCAUCUAUUGUGGUCGAUACAAUGAAACAGUCCCUGUAGCAUUCGUUUUGGGCUUUUACGUUUCAUUAAUUGUUCAGCGUUGGUGGGAACAGUUUCUAUCACUGCCAUGGCCUGAUCGUUUGGCUUUGUUUAUAACAGCGUUUUGUCAUGGAAAUGCUGAACGUCCAACAAGAAUUAGGCGAAAUAUAGUUCGAUAUGUCAAUCUGGCCUAUUGUCUUGCUUUGCGUGCAAUCUCAUCUCGAGCUCGUUUGCGUUUUCCAACAGAGGAACACCUUGUUAGUGCAGGUUUAAUGACACAAGAAGAAUUGGAUAUUUAUCGUAAUACACAACCGUCUGAAUAUACUUUAUAUUUUGUUCCAUUAGUAUGGGCAUUAGAUAUGGUUACAAAAGCUCGUGAAGAAGGUUAUAUACAUUUUGAUAGAGCUGUAGAAAUUUUAACCAAUGAAAUUACAUCAUUUCGUGGUAAAUUAGGUACAAUCUUUUCUUAUGAUUGGGUCAAUCCUCCACUUGUUUAUACACAAACUGUAACCAUUGCUGUAUAUGGUUAUUUUGGUACAUGUUUACUUGCAUGGCAGUAUUUAGACCCAUCGAAAAAUUAUGAAGGUCAUGAUGUGGAUUUUUAUGUGCCAAUUUUCGGCUUAUUGCGUUUCUUCUUUUAUAUUGGAUGGUUGAAGGUAGCAGAAUCGUUAAUCAAUCCAUUUGGUGAAGAUGUUGAUGAUUUUGAAAUUGAAUAUUUAAUUGAACGAAAUUUACAAGUUUCAUAUCUCAUUGUCGAUGGAAUGCAUCAUGAACAUCCUGAUCUUGUACGUGAUGCAUUUUGGAAUACAACAGAUAUUAUACUACCGGAUUGGACAAAAAUGACCACAGAUGGUGGUGGUGGUAUUAUAGAUGGUGGAGAGAUAACAGAAGGAACUGAUAAAUUUAUUGGUUCAUUAGCAAAUGUUGAUAUCAAUGAACGUAGACCAAGUGUAUUAUUUUGGAAUAGUUCAAAUCUACACCGACGUAGAACAUCUUCAGCUAGUUCAAAGCGAUCUCCACAAAUAACAUAAAUGAAGAAUAUUUUUUUUUCUCGCAAAUCUCAUCAGUAUAUGCGAUAAUUUUGAUACAGAAAUUAUAUGUGAAAUAGAUGUACUGUAUGCAGAAAUACUCGUUUUAAAAAUUCUAUUUUUGGCCUCUUUUUUUUUUUGGUUCAUAUCAAAAUCAUGUGAAGCAUUUUUUUUUCUAUAAUGAUGUGCGCCUUAUUAAUUAAAUUGUACGUUUAAACAGUCAAAUAAAUCACUAUUGAACAAUAUCGAAUUCAAAAUCAUGAAUGAUGUUUUUCGAAAAACAAAACAAUUUCGCUUCAUAAGUGGAAAUACUAUCGUUUCUUUUUUUUUUGUAAUUGUGUUUUGAUGUGCUUGUUCAUCCUCAAUCAUGAAUAUGUCGAAUGUGUGCGUGUGUGUGUGUAGUGUGUGCAUUCGCUUUCCUUGCCCACUUCAACAAAACAAACAAACAGACCAACCAUAAAUCAAUCAAUUAUCAAUUAUGUUUGAACGAAAACAACAAUUGUGUAAAAAAACAACAGCCAAAGAAAAACGAACAUUCCGCUCAAAUCAUUUCAACAACAAUGUGGGGUAUCAUUCAUAUUCUCUCUUUUUUAUACAGGAGACUAUUCAUGUUAUUUGUGUUCCUCUUUGUUGGUUGGUAUUCAUCAAAUAGCCUAUUGUUUGAUACUUACAUUAUUUACUUACGCCUGUUGCCCCCAAUGGAGCAUACUGAUCAGUAUUCUCCAAUCAAACUGUGUCCUGAGCUUUGCUUUCCAGUCCUGUUCAAUUUUUGUUCAUUUUUCUCAUGUCUGUCUCUAAUUAUCGGCCUAAUGUGUUCUUUGGCUUUCGUCUUUUCGUUUUACCUUGACGGUUAUAAAUGAGUGCUUGUCUUGUGAUACAGUUCGAUGCUUUUCGCACUGUGUGUAUCCUAUCUACUUCCAGCGCUUCUUCAUGAUUUCUGCCUCCAAUGGCUUGUUUUUUUUGCUUGCCCACAGUAGAUUGUUGCUGAUGAUGUCUGACCAGAGGGAUAUGAAGUAUGUGGCGUAGACAACUGUUAAUGAACACUUGUAUCAUCUACUGGAUAAUGGCUUUCGUAACUCUUCAAUCAUCCAGAAGAUACAAGUAUUCAUUAACAGUGAUGUUCAAUAAUGAGAUAUUAUUAUUGUUAUGGUUAGUACUGCCGUCAUUUAUGUGUACUGUAAUCAUUUUCAAUGUACUAUUUUGUAAAUAAUAAUAAUAAUAAUAAUAAUAA